UGCACUUCAUGCCUCAUUACAUCCUGUGUCUCUGUGUCUGUGAGCUUUAAUACAAAGACUUUAUCUCUCUAUAGAUGUUCUGUUGCUUAUUCGUUCAUUCUUUUACUUUUACUCUCUUUUUCCCUUCCUUCUCUCUCUCUCUCUCUCUUUCUCUCUCUCACCUCCUCCUUCCCUGUUGCUCUCUCUGUUACUCUCUCUCUCUCUCUCUCUCUCUCGCUCACAUUCUCUGUCGGUCCCUCUUUCCCUCUCCCUUUCGUUCCUCUUGGGCAGCAGUGUGUAUUUCUCACACUCGCUUUGCAGCCAGACCAGACAAUGCUCGUGUAAAAGAUCUUUCGGCUCCAAAUACUGUUCGAUUUUCUCAUCGGUUACGAAAGAGGAAAAUAAGCAGUGUUUGCAACACGUGAAUUUCAGGCAGACAGAGCGAGAGAGCGAGAGAGAGAGAGAGAGAGAGAGAGAGAGAGAGAGAGAGAGAGAGAGAGAGAGAGAGACAUUCUGACAUUCUUCUUAGCCUGAGACACCAUGGGUACUCUCAGAGAUCUUCAGUUUGCGCUCCAGCUGAAGAUCGAAGAGCUGCGUCAGAGAGACACUCUGAUUGACGAAUUAGAGCUGGAGCUUGACGCCAAAGACGAUCUCAUCCGGCGUUUGCAGGGCGAGCUCGAUCGCCUCAGGGUCACUCUCAGCUGUCCCGGAUCUGCCACAGGGCAACAUCGUGCUUCAUCUGUAAAGGUGAAGAGAAGAUCUGUGCUUACAGAGCCUACAAACCUGGACCUGAAUCUGAUCCUAGAGAAUCCUCCCAUGAACCACAGCAAGAACCUGGAGUCUCAGCGAGUGAUCGAGGCGGCACUAAGGGAGAACGAGUGGCUGAAGUAUGUCGGGAAGGAGUUAUCAGACCUGGUGGAUUGUGCGUACCUUACAACCGUCGCCCAAGGGGCCAGACUCAUCCGAGAGGGCGAUGAGGCAUCUCGAUCCUUCAUCCUGGAAGAGGGAAAACUUGAGGCAUCCAGGGCUGGCCAGAAGCUGCAUAUUAUCGAGGCUGGAACACUCUUUGGAGAGCUGGCUCUGCUUUACAACUACACCUGUACUUCUACUGUUACAGCAGCCGGUAAUCAACUCAAAAAACAGAGAUGGUGUGAUACAUGCUGA